AUGGCCACGGCGCAGCAACUGCCGGGUUCGACCCGGUUAGCAGAUGAUGCCGCGACAGCUGCGCUCUAUGUGACGCAUCCUCAACGCAAGGCGGAAAUUCGCGAUCCAAGCGCAACCGACACCCAGCACUUCAAUCCCCGAGUUACAGGAGGCACUCCUAACCUGAGCCAUGCAUCUGCCGGCGCCGCCCUCGCGCAUGCGAAGACUAAGCCGGUUGAAGUGUGGCGCCCGGGAAGACUGGCGGCUGCGGAGAAGGCUGCUUUGUGUGUGAAAGACUACACUCCCCCCGAGGUUCCUCAGCCUAGCACCCAGUAUAGCCCGGAAGGAUUAGAAGCCGCGGUCCUCGCUGUCCGCGACCAGAAAGGCAUGACGAGUCUUCUCCCGACGGCUACGGGCCACAAACAUGAUAUCUCCGCCGACCAAGCCCGCGCAACGACCGGGCAUCAUCAAGCACAGGAUAGAGCCCGUCGAGCCGCUACGGGGGCGUACGCGAUCACUAGGCAGAGAGCCGAGCCCACCCCGACUGAGCCUGUUAUCUCGUCCGACUCGCCGUAUGCGCGUUCUGCGGCUGGGGCCUCGCAGCGAGCGCAUGUGGAAGUCGAAGACCCUUUGGGUCACUUAGACAGUGCCACGGAAGCAAGCCGGAUCCAUCACAUCGCCAAUACCAAUGCGCGACUCUACACCUCGUCUCCACCUGUCGCAAGUGAAAUAGAAGACAGGAACCGUAGAAAUUCUCUGCGCGCUGCGGCAAUCUCCAUGGCCAAAGACAUGUACGAUGUGACCGGAACCAAAGACGAAUCGGAGUUGGACCCAGCUGUCUCUGCACCCCAAAAUGGGCAAGACCGACUCCGCUACCGAAAGACGGUAAGCGCAGCUGGGACAGCCUCGAUUCAGAAGGCCAUGACCCUGCAAGACGCGGCACAGAAACGGGCUGCUGAGAAACUCGCGCGCAUGCAUGAUGAAAAUGCCGAGUAUCAAAUGUACUACGGAACUGCACCCCAGCCACAACGGUCGCGCUUGGCAACUCGACGCAAAAGAACCUCGAGUGAUGCAGAUGCCUCGCAGAUCGAUGCGGAGCAGUCAAGAGAAAUUCGGAACCAGAUGUCAAGCCUGCGAUCGAAGCUCAAUCGGGUUGAUGAACAGAGGCAAAAGGACCGUGAGAUGCUCAUGCAAGCGGCACGGCGCAACGUUGAUGCCGCUCUCCAGGACAUGGAGAUGAAACUCUACACGGACACUGGCCGCCCUCCGCCAUCCCUUCAGAAGGAAUGGGACGAGGCUGCUCAGGAGCGAGUUCGGCAAGAGGCAAAGUCGACGGAAUGGGCUGCGCAGGGAGACCGGGUGAAUAUUGGCGCGCGACAGUUUGUCGACAUGGCAGAUGUCGAGGCUAUUGCGCGCUCGCGGCUCCAGCCUGCGCUUGAUGAAAUCACAGAGCAAGCUGAACAGCAGAGGGCGCAUGAUGUGGAAGAGCGUCUAGAUGCAGAGGAGCAGCAAAGACAUGCUACCGUGGAGCAUGAGCGUGAAGCAGAUAUGAGGGCGGAAGCGAAGCGAGGCAAAGAACCGAGGAAGCGCGAAAGCAAAGGACUGGGGAUCUUCCUGUGGCGGAGGAAAACCAAACGAGCUCGUGUCGAGAAGCCCGCCGAAGAGGAGGCCCCAGCGGAGGCCCCAACGGCAACAGGCGCUGUAGCUCAGGAAGCACCGGCAGAGCCGGAAGCCGCUGCUGCCCCCGAGACUGCUAUCUCGAGGGAGGCAACCGCUGAAGAGACUCCAGGCGAGCCGGAGACUGCCGGUGCAGCCGCUGUUGUUGCAGCUGCGCCCUCCAAAGAACCCACCCGGGACGAUGCGCAGCCCGAGAUAACUAAAACCGAAACUGCGCAGCGGGAUGCCGCCGCGGUUGGUUCGGGGGUGUCUGCCAUGCACACUAUCCAGCCAGUGACAAGUCCUCGGGCUGAUUCAAAGCUCAAAAACUGGUUCCGCGAUCGACUCGUUCGUCGAUCCAGCGGGCCGAUUCCUGUGUAUCCCCACCAGCCCGGGCCUGAUUUCCCCACUGACAGCGAACCUGCAUUCACAGGAGGCGCUGCUUUGGCCGGCAAAGAUGAGCCUCGCGGAGCUGCACUGAGCUCACAUCCCGUCACCGGAACCGAUCUGCCUUCGACGCAGAAUGGAUCCUCGAGCCGCAAUGGCAAUAAUAACGAGGUUACGAAAAGUUUGACUGGGGAAUCUGGCACGGGUCCUUCGUCUCAGCAGAAUGGCAAUAAUAAGAGGCACCGUCUGCGAAGGAGCUUCUUGAAGAGUGUCUCGCGUGGCACCCAGGAGCCCAAGACCAACGGGGUAACCAAGGAGGGAGACUCCCGGCGAGGCUCCGAGGCUGUUUCCGAACCCAAGGACUCUGGCACUGAAAUUCAGGAUCUGCGUCACAGCGCCGUUGAACAAGGGCUGCCAGUGCCGCCUGCUCUCGGCGAGACUGUGAGUACCGGCCGGGAGUCGCGAUUCUCAGAGGAUCUGUGA